GCGAGUGCGUGUGUGUUUCUGCGCUUGCUACGCGUCUCGCCAGUGAGUGGAGACUGCGCGGACAACGUGCAGUUGCGUUGGGUAGCGCAUUCCGCGAAACGUUUGUGGAUUCCGCGGCUGCCUAUUAAAAAUAGGCGGCGGCGAAGUUUUUUUUCCCUUAUUCUGCCAAAACUCGUUUGCUUGUCGUGCUAAUCGCCCGGAGUUUGCACCUCAUAUUGUUCAAUUCUUCAUCUAUAUACUUCUUCCUUUAUAUGCUGUACUCCGGAACAAAUUAGCGUUGGUUUUUCCCCCACAGAAACCCUAAAAAAAAAACACCAUGGACAACGGAGCGCUCCUCAACUACGCGCUGAAGCGGCACAACUUCCUCGCUGCGAUGUGGCUCACCCUACAGCAGCGCUGGUUUGCCCGCUCCUUCAACGUGGCGGCGCGGGUGCUGAGCUGGUUCGUCAUCCUUCUCGGCAUGACGCUGGUCACCUUUACCGUGGUCACGAUCGCACGCAAUGUCGCGCCGGUCCUGACGACGCCGCGGUCGGCGCCGUACUACCUUCUGCAGUCGCUUGUGGUGUUCGUCUCUUUCAAUGUGUACUUCAACUACUUCUGCGCGACGGCGUUUUCGCGGCGGGUGGGAACGGCCCCGGCGGGGUAUGUCUAUCGAGAUCCGUACGGGGCAGAUCCUGCGGCACUCCCGGCGGACAACUCGAGCGACGAUGAAGACGACGUGAGCGGUGAAGACGACGCUAAUGCCGCGGCUGUGAGCGAAGCUGCCGCUGAUGGGCACACCCGGCAGCCCUUCUCGUCGUGGCAGCAUCGGCAGGUGGGGCUGGACUCGCAUUCCACAGCGCACACCUUCAACGCACCGACGUCGCAGUCGGGGAGUGGCUUGUCCCUUCACACGUCGGCAGGGAUGUCGUCGAGGAAACCGUCGACAGCGGCGGCAGCAGCGGCAGGUGCGGCACCGGCACCACCGAGUCGCUUUGGGGGUAUUCAGGUGAUGCGCGUCUUUCGUGAGGCGGUCCCACCAAGUCCAACACCGCAGAAUAAUAACAGCAACACCAGCGGUGUGCGUGCAGGUGGAGCAGCAGUGCCGAACACAGCAGCUACCCCGCCACGUGCGGCAGCGUCUUUUUCCCCUUUUCCAAAGAUUUCCCCGCAGCUCGACGACGCUAUGGAGGUGGAGGUGGAGGAGGCGAGUGAGGACGGCGAUCACGGGCGACGAACUCGACCGUUGUUCUUGUCGUACUGUUUAGCCGCCUUUCCGCCUGGCCGGUGUGUACCUCACUGUUGGCGGCGGCUAUUCGAAGCUGGAGGAACACGUGUGUGUCGCACGCUGGCCCACUCGUGCCCAAAACAGCGCUGCAGCCGACUUUCUGUGUGCAGUUGCGGUGCCGCCUCUUCCUCCACAGUGGCGCCUAUGAACGUCCUACGCGAGUUGGAGUUGUUGGCGGCGACGGCGGAGCGCUGUGGCCCGCGUCAGCGCGCCGCGCGUGUGUUGGACGCGCCGCGUCGCUACUGCCGUCACUGUCGACGGCUGAAAGCGCCCCGCGAGCAUCACUGCGCCAUUUGCAAUGAGUGCGUCGCCAAGAUGGACCACCACUGCCCGUGGAUCAACAACUGCGUGGACGUGGAGAACCAGCGGUACUUUCUGCUGUUUAUUGCGUGGUUGUGGCUCGGCACGCUGCUCGCCACCGGCUUUGUCGGCUGCGGCAUGGCGCGGCAGCACCGCUACACGACACGGCGCGACACGCUCUACCAGCAGUGGCUGCGGUCUCCGGCGAACGAGACGCUGGCGCGUGAGCUGCAGCGUUUGCGCAUGCCCUACGGUCCGUCCGGCGUGCUGCUCACCUCCUACCCCACCGUCAUGGUGCUCGGCAUCUCCAUCACAAUGUUUUUCUGCAUGACCUUCUUCAUUUACUUCAACCGACGCCUCGUGCUCGAGAACACCACCGUGAUUGAGUCGAUCUACGUGGACGAGAAGCGGCACCACGUGUACCGCUCCACGAGCGUUGCGUACCGCAGCCCGUACGAUUUGGGUCCUUGGCUCAACUUCCUCGAUCUGUUCAGCCCCGCUGGUGAUCCGAUGGUGCAGACGGUGACGGAGAACUUGAGGAGCAGCAGCGGCGGCGCCGUCGGCUCCUCCGCCGCACAGAGGCGCGGCCUGCUGUCGCGGCUCCGCACCGCAGCGUCACGUGUAGGGGUGGCGCUGUGGCUAACGGCGUGCCCAACCCUUCGGGCGACGCACAGCGACGGCGUGCACUACACGACGUUUGACGCCCUCGCAUCGGGCGAGCAAACGUCCCUCCUGCGGUCGUGA